AUGUUCCUCGCCGUAGCAGCCGCCGCUGGUGCCGCCAAGCUCGCAGUUGACCACAACCGCUCGGUACAGCGCGAGGCGAUGGAGGCCAACGGGCUCGUCCUUCCGCGCGCGAUUGGCGUCUCCCCCAAGGCACCUACGAUCGCCCGGAGCGCCGAGGACGCGGUCGCCUGCCUCACACUGUACAAGGGCAUCGACUUUGGCGAAUACCCCGUGGCCGUGAUCGCAAGCUAUGUCGACAACAAGAUUGUGCGCGGCCGCUCCAAGACCGACAUCAUCGAGAAGCUCGAGGCGCUCGAGAAGCAGGCAAGUAGUGGCCCUUACGGCUCCUCGCUCACCAGGCCCCAGUGCCCGAAAUACCACCGCGCGUUCGCCGUCGUGCGCCACUACCGCGACCUCGGCCCCUCGCGCGUGCUCGACAUGGACUACCCGCCGAACGUGGACCAGCGGCACCCGGCGCUCCGCGAGGCGGCGCGCCUCCCGACCGAUGGGCUGGCAGUCACGGGGCUCGCGGCGCCCGACGCGCCCUACCCGCGCAGCAGGAGCGCCGAGCCGUUCAUCGCGCAGCCCCUCGCCGCGCUCAAGCGCACCGCUACCCGCGUCGCGCGCCGCGUAGGCGGCGGCGAAACGAGCCACGCGCAAAACCUCGAGCUUGGGCGCGCGGCCACUACCACGGGGUCCACAGCCACGGGGGCAGGGCCGAGCCGCCGCCCGGGCGCCGCCGACCCGUUCGCGGACAACACCCCGCCCGCGUAUGACGACGACGAGAAGGCGGGAUACCCCCUCCAGCGGCACAACUCGGAGCCUGAGAUGUCGACGGGCGCGCGCUGCAGCCGUGCUGCGAGCCGCGUGCUUGCGGUUCUCUUCCUCGGCGAAAGUAGGAUCGGGCUGGCCCAGACCAACUCGCUCACGUUUUGCCCAUCAUCUUUCCACCACAUCCUCCACACCAUGCCCGUCUUCAAGAGCCCCACCAUGACCGCGCUCCACCUCGGCCCCGUCCACCUCGCGCCGAGCUCAACAUUACAGUCGCUCAGUAUUGAGGUGCUUGAUGCCGACGCACAGCGACACCAGCGCACCAUGUCCUCCGCGGCGCAGGUGCGCGCAGCCCUCGAGGCGUUCACUGGCCGAAAGGGAGAUCAAUACCCCGUUCGUGUUAUCCUAAAGUACACCGACGUCAAGGACUGGAAGCGGCGGGACCGGAGCCACGUGCUCCGCAAGCUUGUGGCGCUCGAGCGCGAGUUGCCAGAGUAUGCGCCGGCGUUUGCCGUCGUGCGCUGGAUGAAGGGGUACGGGCCGAGCGAGGUGCUGCCCAUGGAGUGGCCGCCGAGCCUUGAUGCCGGCGGUGACCGGGGAGUCUCCGUCAUACGCUCGUACGUCGACUACAAGGUGUCCCGCGGCAAGCUGCCGUUCGAGAUCGAGGCCAACCUCGAGGACGCGGAGGAGGAGCUGCCAGAGUUCCAUGCGGCCUUUGCGACGGUGCGCUACAUCCGCGGCCUGGGCCGGUCGGACGCAGUGGAGAUGGAGUGGCCGCCCCGCAUCGACUGGGACGACCCCGUAGUCGAGGCAGCGUCCGAGGCGACCGAUCUCGAAAGCCAGCGCGAGAGCGCGUAG